CAGAGGCAUUUUAAAUGUACGAUCAAUGAAACAAUUUUCUCAUGAUUGGUGGACCUGGUGGACGCGACAUGUGAUUGGCUGCAGUUGGUCUGUGGACGUUUCUGUGCCUUGUUUUGGAAGACGCUCCCGGAGCGAGAUAAGAAGGCGUAGCCUCGACUCGACUGGACUGCCUUGCCGAUUGCGAUAACGCUUCCAAACUUCAACUUCAUCUGCUUUGCGUCCGCGUCUCUUCCUUCGAAUCUGCGAUCCUUCUGCACUCUCGUCGAUAACCCAAUGAGACUGCACUUUAAUUCGACGUCGUUCGUUUGAGCCUCUUCAACAUGCCUGCUGCAUCAGUCGUUCUCAAGGCUUGGGAAGCAUGUGACCUGACCGACACACUGUUCGUCCUUGUUUGUACGGUAUUCUGCUGGCCCAUCAUCCCUGCAGUCGGACUCGCGUACUCUGGCUACAGUCACCGUCGCAAUGGAAUGUCAUCUUUCAUGCCCUCGAUCAUGGUCAUCGCGACCUGUUCAAUCCAAUGGUUUGUGAUUGGAUAUUCUUUCGCCUACGGUGAGGGUUCUGGCGUGAUCGGUGACUUCAAGUAUGCUUUUCACAAUGGCGUCCUUGCAGACCCUGUCGGCACUAUCCCCGCAAUCCUCUUUAGCGAGUUUCAGUUGGUCUUUGAGGCUACCGUUUGUGCUAUUGCGGUUGGAGGUGCUUGUGAGAGGGGACGAAUGUUGCCGUUGAUUCCUUUCAUCGUUCUCUGGUCAACCUUCAUCUACUGUCCUCUAGCACACAUGGUAUGGUCAGAGACUGGAUUCCUCGGGCAACUGGGCGUCCUCGACUUCGCUGGCGGAACCCCAGUCCACAUCUGUUCAGGAGCUACUGCUUCUGCACUCUCCAUCUACCUCUCCUACCCACUAUUUCGCUCUAAGAAGUCAUCUACCCGUACUCCAUCACACAUCCAACUCCACCGUCCUGGAAACUCGAUGUCUCAACUCAUCGCCCUGGUCAUCAUCUGGAAUGCCUGGCUUGCAUUUGACGCCGGCACUACUCUCAGCUUGAACUUCAAGUCAGUCAUGGCUAUGUGUGUCACGAACCUGUGUGCUUCCGGCGGUGCAUUGACGUGGGCAUCCAUGACCUACUUCGAGACAGGCAAGUGGUCAUUGGACUCCACCUUCAUGGGAGCCAUUGCAGGUCUAGUCAUGAUUACGCCCGCAGCUGGUUUCGUCGACAUGCCAACCGCGUUCUUCUUUGGUGUAUUCGGUGCUGUCAUCUGUCGGCAAGCACUGAGAAUCAAAUCUACCAAGUUCGCCAAGAAGAUGAAAUGGGUUGACAAUGGAGAUACAUUUGCUACGCAUUGUGUGGGUGGUAUCGUCGGUACUGUGGCCACUGGACUUUUUGCUCGCAAAGAGGUUGCGUUCUAUGAUGGUGCUACGGCUAUCGAUGGCGGAGUCUUCUUUGAUGGGAAUGUCAAGCAAUUGGGCAUUCAGUUAUUGGAAGCUUUGAUUGGGUUCAUGUGGUCUUUCAUUGGAUCUUAUAUCCUGUUUGCUCUCAUUGAUUGUGUGCCCGGCCUAGAGGUUUUGGCGAAAGAUGAGGAGAUUGUGAGUGGCAUGGAUGCAGCCGAAAUGGAGGAAAGCUUUGACGGGCAAUGGGAAGAUGAUUACCACCCCUUUGUCAAUGGUAGGCUGGAGCUGGACUGAGAAGUGAUUGUGAGGACGGGAGCACAGCAUAGCAUUGCUCCCAAAGAUAUAUCGCAUCUCUGAAAAUAACUCACCAAGUCUUGCUUGUUUGGUCUCAGCCCCA